AUGGAUAAAAUAAUCAAGUUGAACAUGUUCUACAACCUCGAUGAUGCUAUUGAGGUGGAUCAACUUGCAAAUGUUGCAACCAUUUUAACAGUGGAGGAACCAACUUCGCAUCUGGUUUCGACCAAAAGGGCUCGGGACGAGGAACAACAAUCUCCUCGUGGUUAUGCUUCUCGAAAACAGACUUGUGUUGAUGAAGGCGAUGCUUCAGGGCAGGUUGUUGCUAUUGUCUUGACGUCAAACUUAUCCUUCAUCCAUAAUCUUCUCGAGGGGGAUAAGAUGGAAAUAGCUUAUGAUCUUGGUUACAACAUGUUUAAAGUUGCUUCUAAUUUUUCUCUCGUCUCUAUUAGACGGGGUGAGGUAUUGUCUUUUGACAGUCCCUUCAAGGAAAGAGAUACUUGGAAAGAGAAGGCUGAAGCUAUGGAGCUGAAGUGCAACAACCUUCUAUGUGAGCUUAUUACUUUACAGAAAGAGGUUGAAGAUGCAAACUCUUUGCAAGAGACAAUGAAAGUACAUUGA